AUGUCAUCGCCCAAGAGAGAAGCUCAAGGAAAGAGCUUUUCGAGACCUGCCAACACCCAAAGCAAAAGAGGAAAUAUAAUAGACCGCUCAUCAGAUUAUAGUUUUGAUCCUGCAUCCCCUCACGUUCAACAAGUAUCUCAUGAAUAUUGUACACCAUUACCAGCAUUUAAGAAUGAAGCAACAUCUUUUCACAACUUUAGUAUCAGGGCACAGUCUACAUUGCAGAGUGAUCUGUCUGUUGUUAAACUGCCUCAGUUAGUAUCAAAGGUGGGUGUUGAACUGGCACUCAGAGAGUCGGUGUGGAACGAAGGACCCUGUUUUGUGGCAUCAGCACUUAGUGCUGAUAUACCUGUGAAAUUAUUUAAGCACUUGAGCAUCCAAACAUUCAAUGUCGACGAUGAGAAGCCCGCAGCCAAACAGGAUAAAGCUAAAACCAGACGAAAAUGCAAACUCAAACCCAAACCACUCACUGGAACUGAGGUGUUUGAGAUAUUAACCAAGAAAAAACAUCUGGGGGAACAUGAGUUUUACUCUCUGAAGGCUUCUGAAGAUGGUCCUUACAGACCGUAUGACUUGCACGUGGUCCCUCACAGUGCAGUGGGCAGGGACUACUACAACUUCUCUCCCACAACUGUCAUACAUGUGCAAGACGGCUGCAGCGUUGAGCUGUGGACUCUGGCAGGCUGGUAUCAAGAGUCUCUGUUGUGGGAAGCUGUGAGACACAUCCCAUUUUUCAGAGAUUUUUUACUGCGCAGGACUUUCAAAAGAUGGCACAGGAAUGUGCAAAUAGCUUCUGUCAAACAUAGGACGGACUCCCUUCCUUCUCAGCUGCUGUUGGCAGUUCCCCAAUUCAGAGACGCAUUACUACAACUAUCCAGAUUAAUUGAGGAGAUAAAGAAAGUCAGUUGGCUACCACAAGACAAUUCCAGGACUUAUACGCUGCUCGAUUUCCAAACUGCACUGCUGAAAAAGAACCAGGCAGCUCAAGUUUCUCUAAGCAGUUUCCUACAUUGUCAUGCUGCAUUACUGGAUAUGGCGAAAAAUAAAAGUUACCAAGUACAUCAAGAACUCCAGAUGGAAGUGGAACAUUCAAAGCUUUAUCAGAGCAGUCAGUCACUAAACCUUCAGCUUACCAACCUCAGAAACCUCCAGAAAGAACUCAGCCAGGCCGAACAAGCCCUUCAGCGUCUGGGAAACCUAUAUGCUCUAGCUGACUGCAUGAUUGUUCAAAACCUUGUCACCAUCUCAAAGCAAGAGAUCAACAGCUUCCUAAACAAUGUUUUGAAGAGAGAUCAGGAGCAACAGGGUGCUCUCUUCCACGCAGAGAUUGUAUUUGGAGCAGAUGGUCAGCUCACAGUUUUUCCUCCAUUGCACUUGUUCCAGGAGGUUUUGCUUGAAGCGUUGCUAUCAGUACCAAAUUCUGUCCUUCAGGUGUUUGACUCCUGCAGUUUGUCACGUGAUUCUGAAGUCAGAUUACCCAGCGGUUCUAUGUUCAUCAGUGAUGCUCAAGACCUCACUGCAGGUACCGGCAGAGCAUGUACCGGCAGGAACACUGAAACUGCAGCAGGUGCUGGCAGUGUUUUCUCCCAAAAGGAGCCUAAAGUGUCACCCCAAACCAUUGUGCCCGUCAAAAUGAAAUCCCUCAGAGUUCAGGCGCAGAGAGUGCGAGGCCAUUAUCAGGCUCUGCCCCGGAGACUGCUAGAAUGGCAUUUGAAAGUCCACACUGGCACACAAGUAAUCCAGAACGAGCAGGCCAGAAUAACACAGGAAGCUAAUACAGAGGUCAACCAACUGUGUAAGGGCCAUUCUUGGUUGACAGAUGUGCAUUUGUUCACUAACCAGUGGGGUUCAACAUCUCUGGAGGCUCUGCGAGGAUGCUCCUCUCUAAAAUAUGAGGAGCUUAUCAAGAAACUUCAUUUUUGGAUGGAUAGAGUUCACAGCAUGCCAUCAUCCUUUACUACAUCAAAUAAGUUGUUCGAUGUUAAGAUCUACAACAUCCUAGAGGAAAUGGGUUCCACGUUGAGCACUAUUGAUAAGGAUGUGCAAAAGCUACUUUGUGAAGAUUUGCAGUCCCGCUCUGAGAACUUGACAUCUGAGCUGACAGAAGCUGUGGAAGUCAUGAAGUCCGAGCCAAACACCUUUGACAGUUUCACAGCUUUUUCAAAAGUGGUAAAGCACAGUGUGAACAUGUCAGAUGAUUUAAAGAAGAGACUAGAAGACCUCCUCUCUCUACAGGAGACUGUGCAAAGAAAUUAUACACACAUGGCUCCAGAUGGGGGUUUCUUAAUGAAGCAGAUAACUGACUUGUGGAAUCAGUUUGUUCCGCUUUUGAAACGGGCUGCAGAUAUUGUUUUUCACCAGCUUCCUUCAAUGGUCAAUACACUGGACAGCAACUUCUCAACAUUAGCAAACAAAUUAGAGCACCUGGUUUCAAGAGCUUCAUCUGAGCCCUAUCUUGACCCUGACCAGAAUGCCAAGGAAAUGCUUAUCCAGCUCAAUGCAUUGUGCAGCCAAUUCUAUGUGAUUGCUGGAAAACUGAAUAAUCAGAGCAGAGCCAGUGAAACCAUAAGGGGACAACUACUGGAUCUUACUUUUGUGACUGAAGCCCAGCAAAAGAUUGAAGCAAGAAGAGAACUCUGGGAGCUGAUGAGUGUAUCCUCAACACAAAUCCAGGAGUGGACGCUUGGAAAGUUUAGAAAGUUUGUGGUGGGUAAAGCUCAAGACAAGAUUAGUGAAUGGCUACAUCAGGCGGAAGCAUUCGCAGGAGUUAUUCCUUCCCAUGAUGCUGUGCUACAGAACACUCUACAGACCUUGCAGGGGUUUAGCAAGCUAAUCCCUGUAUUGAGUAAACUAAGCAGCCUCAUGUUGAAUCAGAAGCACUGGAGAAACAUCUCAAAGGAAAUCAACCUGCUGUAUGAUCCAGAAAGGAAAUUAACAUUGGGCGAGCUCAUGUCCAAAGAGCUACUGGAGAAUCAAAAUCGAAUCAACAAGAUCUAUGUGGAGGCCAUAGCCGAGGCAGAUAUGGAACAGACAUUUAAAACACUUCAGAGGCAUUGGAAAGGAGCCGUUUUCCGCCAUACCAGAUUCAUUAUUGCUGUGCCGCAACAGCAGAGUCCACGAGAAGGAGAUGCAAAAGAGAAAAAUACUUCCCAUUCCUCUGUCUCACACCUCAGCGCACCAAAGCAUCACAUUAAAGAUGGUGAAACCUUCACUAUUCUUGGUUUAAAGAGUACUUUGGCUCAGGUCAAAGAAAGUGUUCUGAACGUUUCUGACAUCCUACGUUCUCCGCAAAUUGCUGAUCUGCAACAAGAAGUUAAACACUGGCUGUCGCUGUUACAGGAGCUGGAUAAACUGCUUGAUAUUUUUGAGAGAUUUCAGCACAGAUGGAUCUUCUUAAGUAAAACAUUCAAUGAAACAUCUGCCAUCACUGAACAAUAUGAGCUGCAAGAGAAGUUUCACCCAGUGGAUAAGAUGUUUCGAGACAUCAUCGGGAUCACAGUUAAGGACCCUCACGUAUUAAGCUUUCUUCAACUGAAGUUGACAACAGAGGCCAGUCACGAUUUCCAGGGGCAAAGUCUAUAUACUGUAUUAAUAAACGGACUCACAACAAUGGAGGAGAUUUCCAGUCAGUUACUUUUUAUCUUAGAGUCAGCACGAAGCCAGUUCCCCAGACUUUAUUUUCUAAGUGAUGAAGAGGUGAUGCAACUUCUCUCCUUGCAACUCCCAGCUCAUUCUUCCCUUUUACCAUUGGUUCAGAAAUGUUUCAGGGGAGUGAGGCAGCUUGAUGUUCAUGGUGAGCGUGAUGUAAGCCAUGACUUGACAGACCUAAGUAAUGAGCAGGUGUUGGUGCGAGGUAUUUAUGGAACCUUUAGGGAGCAUGUUCCCUUCUUUUACAAUCUUGAGUCAAACUUCAACCCUGUGGCUUGGCUUAGACUCUUUGAGGAAAAGUUACUUCAAGCAAUGAAAUUGAUGAUUCUGAAAUGCACAGAUGCCCAGCAUUGUUCAAAUCUAGAAGAAUGUGAGGACACCUCUGUUUUGAUUGGGAAUUAUAGGAAGAAAGAUUUUGAGGUAGCUCAUAAACCUCCUUCACUCCUGCAGCUAAUAUCUCUGUAUCCUCUUCAGUGUCUUAUGGUGGCGGAGGAGAUUUUGUGGUGUACUAUGAUCCAGAAGUUGUUCCAUAGCCCAAAUGCUGCCAAGCUGGCACCAGUCAAAUCCCGAAAUACUUCAAAACUGCAGUAUUUGUGUCAACAAUUGAAAGCCCACCUAGCAAAUUCAGACGAAGAGUCUUUAGCAUCCCAACGCAUCAUAAAUGCUUUGCGGGCUUUGGUAAUGCUCACCAUGAAGCAUUCCCAGCAAACCGAUAGGCUUGUUGAAGUAAAAGUAGACUUGGAUUCUUCUUUUGAAUGGCACAAGCUUAUGAAAUAUUUCCUUAGCCCAAGUUCUAAUGUCACUCAAGAUGACCUACUUCCACCCCAGGAGGAUUCAGCCUGUGUGAACAAGUCUGUCUAUGUUGACAUUUUAUGCACACAGCUUCCAUAUGGCUAUGAAUACAUAAGCCCUGAAAACUGGAUGAUGGUAACAACCCCCUCAACUGAAAAAGCGUGUAUGGGCAUAAUCCUUGCUCUGUCAAGCUAUAAAUGUGCUUUCAUCAGUGGACCUCACAUGUCGGGCAAGAAACAUGUUGCGGUGCAGUUGGGAUAUGCUUUGGGGCGACAAGUGGAAAACAUGAAGUGUUGCUCAAGCACAGGUUCCUCUAUUGUUUCCCAAAUGCUUCUCGGGGCUCUUCAAAGUGGAGCUUGGCUAGUGUUUGAUUCAGUAGAUUUAAUGGAACAAGGGACACUGUCUGAGUUGGGACAGCACCUGACAGAUAUUCAUCAACAUCUAACCGUAGUUCAAAAAUCAAAACUCAGUCAAUCAGAAUCAAUCAAAAAGCAGAGCAAUAUAGCGAAUGAGGUGGAAUGUCUUAUUGCAGGAAAAAAUAUUUUGGCCAAGUUAAGUUAUGGAUGCAUCACAAUUGCGGCAAAAGGGUACUCAACGGAGAUACCAGAGAACCUGAGGGUUGCUGUCAGACCUGUAUCGUUGGUACAACCACACUACAAGAUGAUUGCAGAAGUGAUUUUGGUUUCAUUAGGAUUCUCUGAAGCAGCUACCCUAAGUCGACGUCUUGUCUCUCUCUUUAGCCAAGCUAAGGAUUCACAUUGUCUUCCUGAUUUUGUCAACGGUCAUCAGACCUCUUGGCUUGUCCUUCUCAAGAAGGUGCUUGCUGCAUCUGGGACACAAUUGCAUCACGAAUGUCGUUUGAGAGAAACCAACACAUUUAAAUCUGUCAGUCAGGCUAUUGCAAUUAUAAAUGAAGAGUUGGAGGAGCAGGCAUCAAUCAAAGGAGUUCUUUCAGUCAUGCAACAUACUGUCUCUGAUCCAAAGAGAGCAUUACAGUUUCAUACAAUAUUUGAGGAGAUCUUCCCAAAGGCUAAGUACUUUACAGGUCUGCAACAGUUCAUUGAUGAGAAAGAGCUAAACAUCCUUGAAAAUGCAGUGAAAGAUGACUUGCAGCAAAGAGGAUUUCGUGCAGACGCUCUAAUACUUCAGAGCGUGUUGAUCUUGUAUCAAGCUUUGAAGUUCUCCAAUGUCGUAUUUCUAGUUGGAGCGGCAGGCAGUGGCAAAACAACUUUGUAUCAAGCUCUUGCAAAUGCACUUCAAAAACUUUCUAAGGCUGUAAAGGUUGAAUCUGAUGAUCUCAAAGGUACAGACAUCCAACAUCAUUCCUGUUGGACAUCUGUUAGCACAGAAGUUUUAUUCCCAAAUGCCUUGUCCCACAAAGAGUUUUUUGGUGGUUACUGUGACCAGAACAACUCCUGGUUUGAUGGAGCUUUCACCAAAGCAUUAAGGCACACAGAACAGCCAUCAGUUAUUCCUGUUUCUAGGCGCAAACAGAAAAAUGUCCAAAUACACAGCGUAAGAUGGAUCGUGCUGGAUGGUGAUCCACAAGGCAAGCCUGCUUGGUUGGACUCUUUGAGUACUCUUUGUAAUCUCGAAAAUCCCUAUCUGUGCCUUUCAUCGAGAGAGAAAUUUCAGUUAUCGGGAGGCAAGCUGAAAAUACUGUCUGAGAUCACUGACCUUGGUGAUUCAAGUCCUUCUGUAGUGACACAGGGCAAUCUAGUGUAUGUUUCAGGAGAGAAUCUGUGGAAGGCUGUGUUAAAGAGUAAGAUGGAUGUGCUCGCAAGUAAAUAUAAUGUGGAUCGGAUUACUCUAAAGAUGUGGGAUCACCUGGCUAAAGACCUUUUCCCAGACACUCUCAUGUUUCUCAGAAACAAGGAGCUUUUUUCAGUGAUGGCAAGUAUUGGAAGUGAAGGCAGGCCAUCCUCCAGGAUAACAGAUAGUUUGCAGGAAGUGAUGUCAUUAAUUAGAAUUCUUCACGCUCUUCUAGAGCAUUUUGCAAAGGAAGGAGGCUUAAACUGUACCUCAAGCCAAUCUGAAACAACAGAAGGUAACACAGUUCUCAAGCCACACUCUUUUGAUGCCAUGGCUCCCUCUGCUCAGUGGGGUGUGCAAGCAAGAAACCUUUUCCUUGUGGCUUACAUUUGGGGAUUUGGAGGUCACUUACACACCAGACACUGGCCUCAGUUUGAUCUUUUUGCACGAGAGGUCUUAUAUAAAAGUCACUGCAAAGUUGAGACUCCACCUGAUGGCACAGUGUUUGAGCACUUCUUUGAAUUUGGUGAGGAAAUGGGAGACACAACCAAUUUCAUCAAUUGGAACAAGCGAAAGAGUCCACAGCUCUUCACAUCUGUAUCUCAGUAUGAAAGGCAUGCUUAUCUCCUGGAUAUGCUACUGGAUGCUCAUCAGCCAACACUUCUUGUGGGAGAAUCUGGCUCUGGCAAGACAAUGUUAUGCAAGUCUUUAAUAUCACAAGCAAGACCACACUUACAUUUACCAGCUGGUCCGGGUCUUCGACCUUCUGACUUGCACAAGGUGCUUGAGAGAGUGAGAUACCAGAACUCUCAACAGAGAAACUUGAAAGAUGCCGUAAAGAAACAAGAUUUCCUUAUGUUCAUUGAUGACCUUCAUGAAGCACCAUUUGAUGUAAGUGAGGUGUUGCGUCAGAGUAUUUCAAAAGGUGAAAUGUUGACUACUGACGGCACCCACUUUAAGCAGCUUCAAUCAAAAGCUAUUGAUUAUCUAAGCACUUGCAGCAUUCCUUAUUUAGGCACUCGCAAUCGCAUUUCUCCACGUCUCUUUCGACUGUUUACCCUCUUGGCUCUCCCAAGCAUGACUUUGGAAAUUUUGUUUUCUGUGCAUUCUCCAAAAUUGCAACCAUGGCUGAAAGCAAUACAGCCCAUGCAAAGAGUUGCAGAUAUGGCAAACUGCAUCAUCACUUCAACUGUUGACGUAUACUUUGCUGUGCAUGAACAUUUCUCUACUGCUUCGAACUGUCGAAGCACCAUGUAUUGUUUGCAUGAUAUUCAUAAAGUGUUUCAAGGAAUGUAUCUCUGGUGGCCAAGGCUUGAUGCCCGAAAGAAUCUUCAGAGUGGUCAAGGUGUUAGCACAUUUCUUCCAGGUAUAACCAAUGAGCUCAACAUCACUCGCCUGUGGAUGCACGAGUGUUUGCGGACCUUUGGUGAUCGCCUACCUUCAAAUGAGGCAUGUCAAGAACUUAUUUCACUUAUGGCUAAAGUUUCUGAGAAGAAUUUUGGAACCAGAUUGUGUCACGAAUUCCAAACACCCCCAGCCGAUAUAUCCAACCCUACAGGUGAAUCACCUGCUACAAGCACAUGUAAUCUGAAACAACAAGUGCUUUCAAACCCUUUCCAUGUAGAAGACAGUGAACUUGACACAAGAGAUGUUCAGUCAGAACCGACAGAGGAGAGCCAUGUUUCAGAAAGCGGCUUUAGCUUACGUACCUCAGGUGAUGAAGAGGACGCAUUCUCAUACAGUAAGGACAAAUUGAAAGAUGAAAAUGUUAAGAGUGAAUCAGCGACAUUAGAGUAUAAAUAUGAAUCUGCAGUUGAACCCUCCACAAGUUGUCCACCUCAGCAAGAGUUAUUCACUCAACAUGUCCCUUCAACAAGUUGUGAAAAGAUCACCCCAAGAAUGAUUAUUCAACUUCUGCAAGAUAUAGCUUCUUCCAUUCAUAACAUUGUCUUCGGUCCAGACUUUUGUGGGCCAUUGAACAACAUCCUUCAUCAUUUUAAGCGCAACGCUGUGUAUCAAGAGAGAGAUGCUGAUGUGCUGGUAAACCAGUUACUUUGUGCUAUUAAAUGGAGAGAGGAACAGUUUGCAAACAGUUACUACAUCCCCAGACUGACUGUGCAUCAUCAGAAUGUCUAUCAGCUUGUGCAUAUUCUCAGAGCGUUUUUCAUUCCUGGUGGACAUGGAGCUCUGUUUGGAGCAACAAGAAAAACAGGAAGAAAGACCAUGGUGCGCCUAGCAUCCAGUCUACUAGGAUGCCAACUUAUUGAGCUUCAUCCCGGAAAUGAGAACAAGUUGAAGGAAAUAUUAAAAGAGAUUGGAAGUCAAAUUGGGGUGGAUGGAAAAAAAUUGGCUGUAAUGGUUCAUGAGGAUACCAGUCAGGCUGCUAAGAAUGAACUGCUGUUAAUGAUGGGGAAUGGAAACGUACCUGGACUUUACUCAGAUCAGGAAUUGAAGAACUUGAUUCUCAAGAUGAAAACUUGGAUGAAGAAAAUACACUUUCAGUUGAACGAUGAUGAGGUUCUUGAAAUGCAUUUCAAAACCAUCCAAACCAAUAUGCAUGUAUUUCUGCUGUAUCCUCUUCUCUUGGACAACAAAGAAUCACAACCUGAAAAAUCAUCAUCUUUACAGUCGCACAUCUCUAAGGCUUUGAGUCUCUGUUGUUGUGUAGAAGUUUACCAACCGUGGACAUCUGAGGCUUUGGUUGAAAGUGCCUUGUAUCAUUUAAAGGACAAUCAUCAUGUACCUGAGUUAAAAAAUGCAGUUGCCAAGGAGGAUAACUUACUGGCUAGCGUUUCCCAGAUGAUGGCAGAAAUAUAUAAAUCGGCUGUGAAAUAUGCCGUCACACAUCUUAAUUUUCAACCGUUUAGCCCCCAGUCCUAUAUAGAGCUGAUGAUUCGAUACUUCUAUCUCUGCAGUCAUUUAUUUGAGCAAAACAGAGUCCAGGAGAAGCGGUUGGCAAAGGUUUUAGCAAGUGUUAAGGGCAUGACAGACACAGCAGAAAGACACACUCAGGAAGUUCUGAGUUUAAGAGCCAGAUGUGAAGAAAAACAGAAGUUUCUGGAGGAGCUGCAGGACUCUUUGGACUCUGCACACAAAAUCUGGGAAGAAACCAGCCACCAGAGUUUGCUAGAAGAGAAGCAGCUUUCCCAGCUAGAGAAGCAAUCACGUCAACUUCAGCAGCAAGUUCAUGAUGCUUUUAGACAGGUAAGCCCUCUGUUCCAGGCAGCUGUGGAAGCUCUGCAGUCUUUGAGUCACUCUGACCUGGAUGAGGUGAGUCGCUAUAGGACGCCCCCUGAAGGAGUCGUCGCAGUCAUGGAUAUUAUAUGCAUGUUAUUCAACCAUUCACGUGGUUGGGAAAAUAGCAGGCAACUUUUAAUGCAGUCUAGUUUCUUUGAGGAACUGGAGUUUUUUGACUGCUCUACAUUAAGUGCUGAGAUGAUUAAAACAUUGGGGCAAAUUGUGCAGGCACCUAGCUUUCAACCAAGCUUUGUGCGAGAUCUAAGUCGGGCUUGUGAGUCUUUGUGUUGCUGGUUAAGAGCUGUCUACCAGUAUGCUUGUGUACAGCACCGCAUGGCCCCUCAGAUGGCUCGAAAGCGGGACUUAGAUGAGCUCAUGGUUGAAAGUCGAGCAAGAUUGAGGGUUUCUAGGCUGCAAGAGAUGUCAGAGCAUGACAGGCUACAAGAGCUGGAAAAGCAUUUAGAACUUAACAGACAAGACAUGAUGUUGCUAAAGCUUGAGCUUUGCACAGCCGAAGAACAUGAGAGGGAGUCAUCAGCUACUCUCAAACUGAUAGAACGUCACAUUGAAGACUGGAAUUCAGCAGAAAAGAGAGUAAAUUUGGACUGGCAUAACAUUCCAGGCGAUGCCCUGAUUUUGGCAGCUACUAUAACAUACUUGGGUCCAUUUAGGCCAGAUGUUCGACAGGAACUGCUGCAAAAAUGGCACAAACUUUGUCUGACUGGUGUCAUACAUGAUGUAAACCUCACAACCUCUACAUGUGUGCCCAUUCCUGUGAAUAAGGAAUAUCAAAUAUCAUUGAAUCGAGUGCUUGGGCUGGAUCUGUGUCUCAUUCCUGGAGAUUACUCUGAUCUUGUUCGAAGUGUUGUAUCAUGGGGACACAGAGUUGGGCGGGUUCAGCGCUGGCCCCUGUUGGCAGAUGUACAUCAAAACGAGUUAAUGAACUCUCAGACAUUGUUUCCUACAGGAGGUAAAGAAGAAUGCCAUAGGGAGGAUAAAUAUGGACUUGUAGUUUCUGCCGAUGAUCCAGAGUUACUUGACAAACUAAAUCACGGAGCAGAAGAAGGUCUAGGUGUACUGGUGACACAUAUUGAACGAGCAAUGGCAAACAUAAAGAUUCUUCAGCCGUUUGUUCAAACGGCAGCUUCUGUUUUUCUCAGUCAGAGCCGCUCAGUCAAAGCUGCUCAUCCUGACUUUCGUCUCUUUAUGAGCACUCCCCUCCCAGUUCCAGCUCUGAUAAAUGAAAUUCACCAUUCAUUUUUGGAUGAGGUUCAAAUAAUCGAUCUGUCUUUGAGCCCAAGUGAAGUUCAAGACCUUAUUCUCACAGAACUGAUGAAGUCAGAGCGCUCUGAAGUGUGGACACUGCACUGCCAAUUACAGACAGAAAAACUGACACUUAAACACAAGCUUUCUCAAAACGAGGUUUCCUUGAUGGAGUAUGUCAUGCACUCCUCCACACCGCUGCUCCAGGAUCCUGAGUUCCUCCCUCAUGUGCACACAUGUCAAAGUGUCUCUCUUAAACUUGAAGCAAAAAUCAAGGAGUUGUCUCAAGAGAUAGAUCGGCACAAAUCCCUGAUGGCUGAAUGUCAUCGAGUAGCAGACCUCACCACAGCCCUUUACAACGCUCUGCAGGACGUGGCCCAACUUUCCCCUUGUUAUCUUUUCACUUUACGCCGUUUCCUCUUGACUUUACGUUCAGCCUUAAUAGAGGGGAGCCCAGACGUGAGCAUUCAUGGACCCACAGCAGUCAUAGCUGACAUUACCAACAGACUUGUGUCUCAUUUGAUUUCUCAGUAUAAAUGCUGCUUGUUUCAGAGCCAUGCAGCAUUACUCAGAUUAUUGGUAUCUGUUGCGCUUAUUGUGCACAGUGAGGGCUGUUCUGAAGCUGAACAAGAUAUUUUCCUCAGAGGAUUAAGCAAAGAACAUUUUUUAUCUCCCUCCACACAGUCUGUCCCCGAGCUGCCGAGCUGGAUUCCAACACACGUUCAGGCUGAUGUCUAUCUAUUAGAGACAAUUGCACCCUUCGGGGGUCUAGUAUCAUCUCUGAUCAGUACAUCCAAGCUGUGGCAAGAGUACCUGCACUUUCCUUCAUCCACUGUCAUUGGACCCGUCCCUUGUCAAUCUCACUCGCAUUUGUCCACCAUGCAGCGUGCCAUUCUCUGGAAGACGCUGUGUCCUAAUUGGCUAGCGGCUGUGGAGGAAGAUCUUGCAGCUUGUACGCAAGGUCAUUUGCAUCCAGUUGUUGCCACAGGCCCCCCAAUGGGCUGUCCAGAAGAGCUCUCCCAACUUUUGUCCAAAAAUGUAGGUCCUGUAGUUGUACAACUGCCGAACAAAAAUGAACAAGCGCAGAUGAGUGUACAUCCUCUCUACUUGAUUCAAGAGGCUGCUCGAUACCAAUCACACAAGAAGGGGGUGGAAGUGAAUGUCAUUUCUUUUGGAUCUGUUUGCCAUCGAGAUGCUGUUCUCUCAGCACUGGACAGCGCUGUGCAGAAUGGACAUUGGCUUGUCCUGAACAACUGUCAUCUUCUUGACGGUUGGGAUGUCAGCGUUGUUGAUAAGUUAACACAAUUAGUGUCUUGCAAAGUGCAUGCGACCGAUGAGGAGACAAAUGGACCUUUUUUAAAUAGUGUAAGUGCAGGAAAGACUGUGGAUCCCAAUUUCAGACUGUGGCUCAUCACCAAAGGUGACAAGCCUCACUCAGUCCCUGCUGCUGUUAGGAUCAGUGCCCUGCACUUGGUGUGUGAUUCCUCCUGGGACCUGAAGGAUGUCUUGUGGUCCUCAGUGAGACAGGCGCUGUCUGCAUCAGACACUUUCUCCUCUCCUGCACAUACUGAAUCCACAGUGAGAUCUCUUCAGCAGUGUGCCGUCCUGCACUCAGUCCUGCUGCAGAGACAAGCAUUCAGACACCUGGGCCAAGGGCAACUUUACCUCUGGACUCAAGAUGAUCUACUUGCAAUGAUUGAUGCACAUGACCGUAUAAGCAAACACUGCAGCGAGACAGCUGAAGCAUUAGAGUACAUAGCAGGUCAUCUAGUGUAUGGUGGGCAUGUGUCAGACCUUGCUGAUCUGGUAGCUGUGCAAAGUGUUGUUAUGGUGUGCCUCAGACAGUCAUCUGCAUCAUGGGGGCGUGGUCCUCACAAUCUUGUGGAUAUCAUUAGCUGUACAGGACAUUUUGAAACUGGGUCCCUAUUGAAGAGCUUGAGUCAUCGUAUUCAACGCAUUACUGACAGCACAGACCCAAUAAUUCUGGGUUUUAGUCCAGACAUGGCAGGUGAACUGAUGAAGCUAAAAAGUCAGACACUGAACAUUCUACGGCAUCAGUCACAGAUCAUCUAUAGAGAUAUUAGAGAAGACACCAGGAUUUUAAUGCAACCACAAGAACUUCCAGAAUACAAGCAAGCUUGGGAAAGGUUACUAACAUUGCAAGACAAGUUAAGACAGAAGAUAACCGACAUUGGUGUGGACAUGGGAUCUGCAUAUCUCAGUCACUUGCGUCAGUUUCUCCAAACAGAAUGGCAGUUUCUGUAUAAACUGGUGUCGUUCGUGCUUUGGGACAAUUUUCAGCCGGCAAAGUAUAACAUGACAAACUCCACUCCUGUCAAUGUCACAUCAGCAGCUCUCUCACGUCUUGAGAGUCGAGCAGAUCUGCUCGGAUCAUACUUGUGGGAGGAGUCAAGCAGACCUCAUGCUUAUCAACUGUCUGCCUUUCUGAAUCCUCAAGGCUUUCUGGUAGCUCUAAUCAGAGAUGUAGCCAGCAUCCAAAAGAAAGAAAUCAGCGUUCUCUCUUUGCAUUUCCAGGUGCUUAAAGAUACAUCAUCGCCAUCCCCUCCAUCCAAAAAUGGUGUAUGCCUGUGUGGACUGCAGCUGCAGGGGGCGCUAUGGGAUCCGGGAUCUGGGGUUCUUAAAGACACGUUCUCCACCAAACCUUCCUAUUUCCCACCCCUCUGGGUUUGUGUUGAAGAGAGGACAGAUGAUGAGAGCUUGAAUUCCUCCACCCUGCCUCUCUAUUCCUGCCCACUGUAUGUAGACAGACAAACUGCAGAUGGAUAUCAGCGUCUCUCUGCCGAUAACAUUAUCACUCAUGUUCCACUUUCAACCAGGUUAGAUCCUGUGCUCUGCACUAUGAGACGGGUUAGGUUAACUAGUACUCUCAUACAACUCCAACAGUGAUGAAUGGGUUAAAACACUAUAUGCUGUGUAGUUCAAUUAUAGAUAAAUCUCACAGAAAUGUGAUCAUCUCUGCCAUUUUAGCAUUCCUUCCUGUUAUUUUCAUGCAUGUUAAAAUGAAGAAGGCUAUUAAAUCCUGUACAUCAUCUUAUGUACCGUACAUUGAAACUCUACAGAAUCGGUUGUAAAUGUCAGAACAUUCAUUAAAAAAUAAAAAAUA